AUGCCUUGUCCGAAACUCACUCCUCUCCAGGCUCGAUUCGCCGCCUGUCUAGCAGCCACCCUCUUUCUCCUUUUCCUCUACCUCGUUCCCUUAAAUAUACGGUUCGCGUAUGCGAUUGACGUCGAUUCGAUAAUACGCGAAGACCAUAACCACCCUAUUCUAUUAGACUUGGACAUACCGUUGGGACUGUUGGGUCCAAAGCCUGUGAAUGUGGUAUCUGAGGACAAUGUUACUCUGGCAAAAAGAGCGCCCGAUGGGACUGAUGCACUCGCCAACAAUGAGCCGCGACUAAAGAAUAUCGAUAUGGGGGAAACCCAACACUGGGUUAUCCCGAAAGAGGUUGUGACAGGUCCAAAGUCUCCGUCGACUCCAGGACUCCCGGCAUUUGUGCGAUCGAAUGACGAGGCUACGCAGUCAGAUCGGAGUUCAUUCCAAGAGGAUAUGAAGCCUGACGGUGAUCUGUCUCGCCGAGCAACCGUUGUCUACGUUACAGUGAACACUUGUAUUCAACCCUCUUUGAAUACAACCCAACGAUCGGAUGAUUCUUCCCCGCCACAGCUUCGACUGUUUUACUCACAAGAUAGCUCCGUGAAAGAACCUGGCCCCAAUACUCCUAAUGUCAGAUCCGUUGAUCUUGAUGAUGGCUUUGCUUCUGUUGAAAUCGAAGCCGAAGGAGAUGUGUAUAUCGGUAUCUUUGCUCCCACACAUCAGAGAUAUGGCGGGAUAUACAACUAUGAAGUUGCGGCUUCUGUAGACGCGCCUUUCCACAGCCUGGAGCCCGACACACCUUUCCUAUAUUUUGUUGACAGUGACAACAAAGCGGCAUUGCUUCAAACCAAUGCUACGACAGAAGCUAAACAGGGUGCCCAGUCAUACACAGAUUGGAUGAACCUCAACCCUCCUCCAUUCACAAUGUUUGCCCAUAACAUGAAUCACUCAGCUAUUCUUGGGAUUCAAAAGUCCUAUUGUGGACUUAGCAAAAAUGCCCAGAUAGGACGAAUGGGGAGCAACAUCAAAGCCAAAAUGAUAGAUAGAGGACUGAAGCCGAAGGAACAAUUUUAUGUUACAGGACUUAAUCAGAGCUCAAGGUACUACGGGAUUCUAGCUAUGAGCGGGAACUCAACCGCGUCAGGAAACGGGGUUGUCGGUGGAGGCGGCAAGGUCUGGAAAACGAUGAAUUUUACCACUAAAUCAGAUGAUAAUUGCGCCAUUGUGUAUGACCUUGAGUUCUGCCGCGAAGUUGCCUAUGCCGUUCCUUCAAAUAACGCUCUUAACAUUUCUGAGCUCAAGACCAUAUACGAUAACUACGCCGCCAGCGUUUAUGAAAAUUUCACAUUCUCUCUUGCUCAAAUUCCAUGCAAUACUUCUUCGACCUCGAUGUAUUCUCUAGCGCGGGGUUGCAAGGACUGUGAGAAAGCAUACAAGAGUUGGCUUUGUGCCGUUACGAUCCCUCGUUGCCAGGACUUUUCGAGCACCCUUCCUUUUCUCCUCCCUCGCAAUACAGGCCAAGCUUUUCUAAACGGAACUAUCUUGCCAGAAGAUAACGAGUUGCGGCAAAACGUCCUGACAAACUCUUCUCGUAACCCCCUAAUCGACUCCAAGAUCAAACCGGGGCCGUAUAAAGAGGUGCUACCGUGCCGUGAGGUCUGCUAUGAUUUAGUACAAAGUUGCCCUAGCGCACUUGGCUUUGUCUGUCCAACGAAACAAUGGCUGAACAAUUCUUACGGGAUGAUGAGUGAAAACGGCGAUGUUACUUGUAGUUACUUGGGGGCUGCUUACUUUAUGAAAGGCGCUGCGUCGAGGAUCGGGAGCAUGGGGGCAAGCAUGGGUCUUGUUUUGAGCUUCUGGGCUUUAGUCUGGGGACUUUAUGCUUGA